AGAGCCGGUAAUCGGCAUCCCUCAGAGGGGACAUGUACACUGAUCAUCAGGGCACUGAUGAUCACCCCAGCAGUGCCACCUGUCAGUGUCCAUCAGUGUCAGCUGUCAGUGCUCAUCCAUGCCACCUGCCAGUGCCCAUCAGUGCCACAUCAAUGCCACAUUUCAGUGCCUACCAGUGCACAUCAAUGCCAAAUAUCAGUGCCCAUCUGAGCCUCCUUUCAGUGUCACUCAUCAGUGCCAGUCAGUGCCACCUAUCAAUGCCAGUCAGUGCCACUUAUCAGUGCUGCCAAUCAGUGCCACCUAUCAGUGCCAGUCAGUGCCGCCUAUCAGUGUGCAUCAGUGUUGCCUAUCAGUGCCCGUCAGUGCUGCCUAUCAGUGCCGCCUAACAGUUCCAGUCAGUGCCACCUAACAGUGCCAGUCAGUGCCGCCUAUCAGUGCCAUAUAUGAGUGCUGCCUUUCAGUGCCCAUCAGUGAUGCCUGUCAAUGCCCAUCAGUGCCUCCUCAUCAGUGCCACCUAUCAGUGUCCAUCAGUGCAGCCUAUCAGUGCCCAUCACUGCAGCCUCAUUAGCGCACAUCAGUGAAGAAGAAAAUAAUUUAUUUACAAAAUUUUAUAACAAAAACUAAGAAAAAACGUUUUGUUUUUUUUUCAACAUUUCCUGUGGCUUUUGGUUUGUUUAAGAAAAAAUAA